UAGGAAGGUUGGGGUCGGGGCGGUCGGGAGGAAUAGUAGUCCCUCAGCACCGCCAGACGCAGCACCGCCGGACGCAGCAGCAGCAGCAUCUCCAGCAUGUCGUCGUCUCUGGAACAGCUGGAAAACCAACUGGAAACCUUCAUCGAGAAUGUGCGCCAGAUUGGCAUAUUGGUUAGCGAUUUCCAGCCGCAGGGACAACAAGUUCUCAACCAGAAGUUGCAGAAUAUGAUAACAAACAUGCAAGAUAUUGACAAAUUACGAUCUGCUGUCCAGGAUGUACAUGUUCCUCUAGAAGUUUUUGAGUACAUAGAUGGAGGAAGGAACCCACAGUUAUACACUAAAGAUUGUAUGGAGAAGGCUCUUACAAAGAAUGAACAGGUUAAUGGGAGGAUUGAUUCAUAUAAGCGAUUCAAAGCAAUGUUAUUGGUCGAGCUGUCUCAUGUGUUUCCAAACGAAAUGACACGGUAUCGUGCAGUCAGAGAAGAGCUGAGUUGAAGACAAUUUUAAAAUCCCUUUGGUAAUCAUUUACCUGGGUAUUUCUUGGAGAUGGUGCCUGAGAAUGAUUUGAUAGUCUCUUGGAAUGAUUCCUGCAAUGGUUGAGACUGGGAAGAGCUCCUGAAAAUGACUUGGGACUGUGUCCAGGAGUUGCAUGGUAUGUUUUGUAGUUAAAUUACAUAAAGUAUUUCUUGGGGAUCAGGAAGGGACAUUGAAGUGUGUUCCAGAAUCAUUUCUGAUCUCCAAUUUCAGUUUAUGAAAUCCCUUAAGAAAAUUUGACUGUGUACAAAUUUCUCUGUUAUUAGUGAUAUAUUUUUUGCAAGCAUUAUUGUGCAAUUUCACUCUUAACACUUAUUUUUGUAUUUCAUUUGUGGCAAAUAAGGUUUAACAUUGAAUAUUUAUUAUUUUUCUCAUACUUUUAUUGUAUAGAUUUGAUUGUUAUGUUGAAGAGCAUGUAGCAAUAAGUAGCAUUGUUCUGUCCAGGAACUUGAAACAAUAUGUACUGCUAUUUUCAGAUUAAGAAAUGUCUGAUAUUCAAGGCAUUUCAGUCUUCAUUGUCUUAAUGAAUGAUUGAUAGAUAUGCACAGUGUUUGGUGUAAUAUUAUUUGCAAGGGUAUACAAUUUUUCUGUCUUAUUCAUGGGUGUAAGUAAGGUGGCUUGCUCGAUAUGUACAUGGUGCACAAAUCCUUGUUCAUAGGAGUCGACAUUGUUCAUGAAGCUAUUGUAUAUAUUUGUGUACGUGUGUAAUAAUACUUCCUAUACCACCUUAAUUUGUUUCAUAAAUACAAAAUAUCUAAUCUUAAUUUUUGCUGGAAAUUAAUGUAUAUCUUUGCAAAUGGGAAAGAGUAGUCAUGUAAACACCAAAGGAGAAUGCAUGUAUAUUUCUUAUUCCUCUAUUAUGUGAAAGCACUGCCUCUUGGAGGUAGUUUAUAAACAAAAAUGUUUUUAUUAUUCAGUAAAGAGCAGAUAAUUUU